UCCAUGAAAGAAUAGAAUUAGACGGGUUUUACGGACUUCUCUUUGUUUAAACAGCUAUGGAGAAGGAAUUGAACGCUGGUGCCCUUGGCAUCAGCUGGCAUGACAGUACAUUCAUUCCAUUGUUGAACCCUUCUAAUGUAAUGGACUACUUCAGCGAGAGAAGUAAUCCUUUCUAUGAUCACACAUGUAACAACGAAAUCAUCAAAAUGCAGAGACUAAGCCUGGAUCAAUUGAAUAACAUGAUAGGUGUGGAAUACAUUUUACUUCAUACCCAGGAACCAAUCUUGUAUGUAGUCAGAAAACAGGAAAGAAAUGGUCCAAAUCAUGUGGUGCCACUGGCUGACUACUAUAUUAUUGCUGGAGUUGUAUACCAAGCCCCAGAUCUCGCCUCAGUCAUCAACUCUCGAUUGCUUAAUACAUUGUCUAACUUGAAAUCAGCAUUUGAUGAAGCCCAGUCCUUCUCUAAAUACCAUCCUAGCAAAGGCUAUUGGUGGGAGUUCAAAGAUCAAGAAGCUUCAGACAAAAAGGAUUCAAAAGAAAAGAAAAAGAAAGAAGAGCCAAGCUCUAUGUUCCAAAGGCAGAGAGUAGACCUCCUACUCGGAGAAUUGUCCAAAAAAUUUCCUCCCAAGUUCAUACCCCCAACCCAGCCCACAGAGAUUAAAGAGGAAGCCCCCAAACCUGAUACUGUAACAGUGAAACAGGAAAUCAAACAAGAAAAGACAGAAGAAAAAACAUCUAAUGUUAUCAAACCCCCACCUGAGAAAAAAGCUAAACUUAUCAGAUAGCUAACAGGUGUUCACAUUCAGGUGUUGACAAUAUUCUAAACAUGCAGGUGGGGCAGAAAUUCUGAGGUUCAAAUUGUAUGCUGAUAUCAAAACUAUGUGUUAUACAUAUUUUCAUGAAACAGUGAAAUGUGAACGGCAUAGUGUUUAUCAACUUCAGAAACGGAUACAUGAAAAUAGCACGGAGGUAAGGUAUGAAUAUCUCAUACCUAGAAUACAAGCUCCUAUUUGAUACCUAUGUGUUUAUGCAGGCACCCGAACAGCCAGACAAGCUCUUGUUGUGAAACAGGUGCUGGUACGUUAUUGUAAUCUAGCUUAAGUCUGUGAGGCGGAAAUCCUAAUGAGUGACAAUGUAACGGACAUCCUGAAAUCUACACCUGCCAUGAUAUGAAUUACUGAAAUACAUUUCUGUUUUCUCUAUGUGAUGCAGAAGCUGGGAAUAUCAGGAGAAAAGAUCUGUACCAAUGAUUUUAUGUUGGUGAUUCAUUAUUUGUUGUGGGUUUUAUUUUAGGCGGGGAAUUUUUUCACAAUACUGAUUUUCAAAUUUUGAUUUGAUUAUUUGAAAGUUUUCAUCAAAUUGGUGUUUUCAAAUUUGAAAAAAUUGUAUAAAUACAUUUUAUGUAUAAUGAAGAUGAUUUUUUUUAAAACUGAUGAUUUUCAUAUCUAAUGAUGUGAAAAAUUUGCUAUUCAGCUGUUAUAUGAAUUAAAAUGAAACAGAAUUCUUUAUGAGGCUGACAAUGCAUUUGGAUGUGGUGUCAUUUUAAAUUUAGUCGUUUUAUUGGCAGAUGUCCAGAGAAAAAAAUAAAACAAUAACAGCAUUCAAAAGAUUAAUGAUAGAAAUGUAUUAAAAUAUUAAAACUG